AUGAUUCUUGUUCGAGCCGCACUCGCAUCUGGAAUUAUAUUUCCUCUCUAUAUCUAUCCUGGGGAUAAUUGUGCAGGUUGGGCACCUGCCAUCUCAGCUGCGACAACACACCCUAAUCUCCCAUUCUACUUCAUCAUCAACCCUGCCAGUGGGCCCGGGCCCAAUGAUUCUCAGCCUGAUGCCAAUUACCAGGCUUGUAUCCCCAGGCUAAGACCAGCAGCAAAUCCGGACGCCAAGGUCCUGGGAUACGUUCCUACGUGGUUUGCUGAUGCAACACGUUCGAGUGAAGUUGAAGCGGAUAUUCGGACAUACGCCCAAUGGGGCUCAGCCUACCGCCCUACAGGAAUCUUUUAUGACCAGGCUUCAGCUAAGGAAGGCGUACCAGAGUCAAUAUACCAAAACCUAUACUCGGGGUAUACUAGUUAUGCCAAGUCUCAUAUCCCAAAUGCUUUUGUUUCUCUCAACCCAGGUAUAAGGACUCCGUCCGCAUUCUAUAACUUUGCGGAUCAAAUUGUAACCGUAGAGAACUACUACAAUAACUUCAGCCCCAGCCUGUACACCAUUAGCCCCUCCACACCUGCUGCAAAGCAAGCUGUUAUUUUGACAGAUAGUUCCUCUUCCCUCCCUUCGAGCACUAUUAAUCAAAUCAUCAAAACCGACAAGAUAGGCGCUUUGUACAUUACCGAUGACGUCCAAGUAAACGAGCAAAACCCAUACGAUAGCUUCCCUUCGUACUGGACAAACUUCGUUGAUGCCGUACAAACUGCAGCGUCUUAG